AUCUGAUCACUUUAAAAAUUUACAAAAUUGGAAAAUUUAUAGGCAAAUUCUUUUUGUAAAAGGCAUUUUUUGAAUUUCCUUCACGUGCCUCCAAAAUUACAGCCUCCCAUUUCUGGGACAACGUAAUCUCGAACAUUAUUGGUUGGCCCAUAUCCAAAGCGUUUUCCACUUCCAUAAAUAUUACAAGCGAUUAGGCGACUUCAAAGAGCGCUCCCCGAUUCCACGAAGCCCCACGAGGAAAAGCCCCAUUCCCCAUAGCCAUUCCAUAGCCGUUCCCAUUCCACGUAGCGCUAUCAGCGGCAAGAUGGGUGCCGUGCCCCCAGUUUCGUGGGAGGAGGUCACCAGAAGCGCUCCACGGCGUUACGGAAAAUGGCGUGCCCUCUGGCGCAGCGAGUGCGAGCGGGACGGCGUAACGCUCGCUGAUAAGCGACCAAUGGCAGGGAGAAACACACAUGGCCAGAAGCCGAGCAAGUGAGCGUGGAAGCGAGAGAGAGAGCCACUUGAGCAUGAGCAUGAGAACAGGUCGGGCAACUACCUGAGGAUCGGAUCGAGUGCAGAGCGAAGGGAGAGAGGGAGGAACCCAACGGACCGGAUUCUGGCAGAACUGAAGUAGUGCCCGCUCCGAAAUGCAGAGAGACAGUCUCAAUCUGGACAGCAAAGCGAUCAGUUCGUGUUCCAGACGUCGUCGAUUUACCACGGAAUAAUACCAAUUUACAAAACAUCGCCAGACGGAAAGAUUAGGCGCAUAUCUCCCCACACACAAAAACCCCAAAACAUGUUGACCUUGCCCAACAUCGCCGAUCUGCGUCUGCAGCAGCAGAUCGCCCAGGAGAUAUACCGCCAGCAGAUUAUGCAACGUUUACCUGAUCCACUCUGCGGCCUGUUGCCCAACUUUGCCGGACACUUUGUGCCACCACCACCACCACCGCAACCCACUUUGCCCGGCGAUGUGGAGGCCAAGCUGGAGAACAACGAACUGUGGCAGCAGUUCCACAGCAUCGGCACCGAGAUGAUCAUCACCAAGUGCGGCAGACGCAUGUUCCCUUCGAUGCGGGUUUCUCUCAGUGGCCUGGAGGAGGAGGCCAGCUACUGCGUGCUCCUCGAGAUGGUGCCCAUUGGCGACUGUCGCUACAAGUUCUCCGGCUCCCAGUGGGUGCCGGCCGGUGGAGCCGAGCCCCAGAGCCCCCAGCGCAUGUAUCUGCAUCCGGAGAGUCCGGCCACGGGAAAACACUGGCAAUCGCAGGCUCUGCUCUUCAGCAAAGUGAAGCUGACGAACAACACGCUGGAUAACAAUGGUCAUAUCGUCUUGGCCAGCAUGCACAAGUAUCAGCCGCGUCUGCAUGUCGUACGUACCUCUGAUCUCGGCCAGAUUCCGUGGGCACCCCAACAGGCCUUUUUCUUUCCGGAGACGGAGUUUAUAGCCGUAACGGCUUAUCAGAAUGACCGCAUCACCAAGCUGAAGAUCGACAACAAUCCCUUUGCCAAGGGAUUCCGUGAGUCGGGUCAGUCGCGAUGCAAAAGGAAGAUCAAUGACUCGCCACCGCCAUCGCAGCCAGAGAUGAACCAGGUGGACCAAAGUCCGGUGACAUCGCCGUUAGCCAAACGGUUGCGACUCGUGGAGGAAUUUCCCCAUCAUCAUCAGAGUCAUCAGAAUCAUCCAAGUGCGGCGAUGCAGCGUCACUAUCUGCUGGAUGCUCUGGAGGCCAAUUUCUAUGUGCCAGCGCCACCGCCGCCGGCCAUCGAGUAUGCCAGGCACAUCGGCGGUGCCUAUCCAAGUUGGGCCUACACCCCGCCAUCCCCUGCCUCCUCCGUCUCCUCGGCGGGCUCCACGAGCGGCGAGUCCGCUGCCGAACGAGAGGCAGAUGCCGAUGCCGACACCUUUGUAGAUGUGGUUGGAACCGCACCAGCUGCUCCUCCGCCUCCGCCUCCUUCUCCGCCUGUGCCAGCCACUGCUCCGCCAUCCAGCGAUCCGAUGGCCAAGCCGAAGCGCAGCAGCUUCAGCAUCUCGGACAUAUUGGGAACCAGCUCGUCCAUUUAAAACCAUUUUGAAAUCAAGUGUGGAUGGGUGCCGUGUGCUCCCGUUUGGAUUGGAAUCGGUGCCUUGUACAUUUAAUUAGCGUUUAGUUGCCAUCGUCUGCGUAGUGUCUAAGCUGAAUUGUGAUAUUUUGCAGUUAAUUAGGAUUUCCAGGUAUUUGCCAUCAGUAUUUAUCGUAUUUAUUAUGCAAUUUUAAUUGUUCACAUGAUUUCGUAAUGGUUUUAUUGUCUUUGGCAUUUUAAUGCGGCAUAAAUAAUAAAAUUGUUCGUAUACCCCAAUGAA